AUGGCGAUGACGAACAAUCCGAGGGUAGAAGCCUUGCCGUCGAAGACAGCCGAGGUCGACCCCACCCUCCACGCCUUCGGGUUCAAGAUCGAGGUCCUUUCGCCUUCCCUUGUGUGCGGAUGCUUCAGAGUCUCCCCAAUAUGCUGCCAGGUAAUUGCCCCAUUCAAUUUGUUACCCUCUGCCGAUCCCUCUCUCUCUCUAACCACGAGUGGUGCAGCCCUUCAAGGUGCUGCACGGAGGCGUAUCGGCCCUGAUAGCGGAGUCGCUGGCGAGCAUGGGAGCACACAUGGCCUCCGGUUUCCGCCGCGUGGCCGGCAUCCAGCUGAGCAUCAACCACCACCGCCCGGCCUCGCUCGGCGACGAUGUCGUCGCCGAGGCGCGCCCCAUCCGCGCCGGCAAGGCCAUCCAGGUCCCUAGGACUCUCCUUCCCGGCGACCCGUCCUCUACGCCGGCGAACCAGAGUAGCGUGUAGCCUAGCUCGGCGCUGACACGGUCGCCGCCCUUCGUUUUUGACCAGGUAUGGGAGGUGCGGCUAUGGAAAGUGAUGGCGGGGGAAAGAGCGCACCCCCAACCAGCGGAGGAGGGGGAGAGGUCGGAUGCCGGAAAAGGGGCGCUUCUGGCGUCCUCCAGCGUGACGCUUCUGACGAGCCUGCCUGUGCCGGAGGAGUCUCGGGAGGCCGGGGAGGCGCUGCGUAAGCACGCCAAGCUCUGA